AUGAAGCUCGUCAGGUUCCUCAUGAAAUGCGCGAACGAAACGGUCACUAUUGAGCUUAAAAAUGGCACAAUCAUCCACGGUACCAUAACUUCAGUAUCUCCUCAAAUGAACACAGCUCUCCGCACCGUCAAGAUGACGCCAAAGAAUGGCACAUCUCUCACCCUUGAUACCAUUAAUCUACGAGGUUCCACGAUUCGUUAUUACAUUCUGCCUGAUUCGUUACCGCUCGACACAUUGUUGAUAGACGAUGCACCAAAGCCAAAGAACAAGGCGAGAAAGGAAGUUGCAGGCACUACCGAUACUAGAGGCGGUAGAGGUGGUAGAGGCGGACCUAGAGGUGGACGAGGUGGAGGACGAGGAGGCGGUGGUGGAUUCAGAGGAGGGCGAGGACGAGGCGGUGGAAGAGGAUUCUAA